AUGCUUCCCACACUCAAACGUUUCAUGUCGUCCUCAGCUCAUCAGAUUCCCAAGCAGUUCAAAUCGGUCAUCUACUCAACUCAUGAAGUUGAGGAUUGUGCCAAAGUUUUGUCAGUGAAGAACUAUACGCCUAAACAAGACUUAUCUCAAUCAAUUGUGUUGAAAACUUUGGCUUUUCCCAUAAAUCCUUCGGAUAUCAAUCAGUUGCAAGGUGUAUACCCGUCUCGUCCGGAAAAGACAUAUGAUUAUUCUACAGACGAGCCAGCUGCUAUCGCCGGCAAUGAGGGUGUCUUUGAGGUUGUUUCUUUACCUUCAGGCAGUUCCAAGGGCAAUCUGAAAUUGGGUGACCGAGUUAUCCCAUUACAGGCAAACCAAGGGACCUGGUCCAAUUACAGAGUUUUCUCUAACAGUUCUGAAUUGAUCAAAGUGAAUGACUUAGAUCUGUUCUCUGCAGCAACUGUAUCUGUUAAUGGUUGCACCGGUUUCCAAUUAGUUUCGGACUAUAUUAGCUGGAAUAAUGGCGGUAAUGAAUGGAUUAUCCAAAAUGCAGGUACAUCUAGCGUUUCAAAAAUAGUCUCGCAAGUAGCUAAAGCUAAAGGGAUUAAGACAUUAAGUGUUAUUCGUGACCGUAAUAACUUUGAUGAGGUAGCUAAAGUUUUGGAGGAUAAGUACGGUGCUACGAAGGUCAUUUCUGAAUCACAAAACAAUGACAAGACGUUUGCCAAAGAAGUAUUGGCCAAGGUUUUGGGUGAAAAUGCAAGGGUGAGGCUUGCCUUGAAUUCUGUUGGAGGUAAAUCCAGUGCUUCAAUAGCUCGUAAGUUGGAGAAUAACGCUUUGAUGCUCACUUAUGGAGGAAUGUCAAAACAACCUGUAACUUUACCAACAUCUUUACAUAUUUUCAAAGGUUUGACAUCCAAAGGUUACUGGGUAACUGAAAAAAACAAAAAAAAUCCUCAAAGUAAAAUUGACACCAUCAGCGAUUUCAUUAAAAUGUAUAAUGAUGGACAUAUUAUUUCACCAAGGGAUGAAAUUGAAACUCUAAUUUGGAAUACCAAUACCACUACUGACGAACAGUUACUAGAACUAGUCAAAAAGGGUAUAACUGAGAAGGGAAAGAAAAAAAUGGUUGUUUUGGAAUGGUAA